GAUGGGCUCCACUUCAUCCGCACCUCAUACUCAUACCCAUACUCACACUCACGCUCAGACGCGGCCCCCUGGGGAACCAGAUCAGACAUAGGUUACAACUACUCCUCGGACGCCAUGUCGCUGAUGGCGUCGCCCAGCUACGCCCCGCUGGACUCAACCUACACAUCCCUCUCCUCGCUCCUGUCCGCCCCUGCAGCAUCCUCAGCCCACAUCGCCCUCCUACCGCCUCAGGCCCUCUACUCCUCCCUCACCCUCUACCUCGCACGUCUGCCCACCGAGACGUUGCCAGACUUUGUCAAACUACUCGCUACCAGUCGCAGCUUGUGGAACACCUCUUGCAUCGUCAAGGAGGACAAGGGCAAUGGCAGGAUACACGAAGAUGUCCGGACCGAUGGGCAAGGCGUGCAGGAGCAGCCCUCCUUGCUGAGACGAUCUUAUCAGCUACACUUGGCAGCAGCGAGGGCGGUCUUCUCUCACAUCGAGCUGCUGUUGACAUUGCAAAAUGGUUCGACUGGGUGGGGGACACAGCGCAAGCUCAGACAAUGGGUCGACCUGGUGAAUCAAAGCUUGAGCAGCGCAGAAGCCCCCUCGAUUCCACACCUGGAGCCUAGCGUAGCGGUCCCCAGACUGUCCAUUCUUACGGGCUUGCUCGUGGGCCUGACAGCGUACAAGCAGCAGAACCAGUCUGAGAAUCGACAAGGUCUCAGCGUCAGAAGGGCUCUCCAGGCGGCGGAGUCUCACUGGCUCGUCUGCUUUGGAGAAGUGAUGCAGGGCUUGGCUUCGUUGGGCAAAGUUGAAGACCAGUCCAGCUCCGAGGAAGACGUGUGGGAAUCAGAGUUCACACAGCAGACUGGAGGCUCGCAGACUCAAGGCGAAGCCAAGAGAGCUCUCGUGCAGUCACAAUCUCUCAUUCCUCUCCUCCUCGCAGCUCAGGUGGCCAGCAGUCUCACGGAGGAAUCCCUCAACAGCAUCAGUGCUGAGCCAGUGCUGGAGGUAGUACCCGACGCUAUCCUCAGCCUCUUCCCGGCAGAGCGUCUGAGCCUGUCUCCAGAUUCCGCUUCUCGGUCUACUCCCCUGACCCAUGCUCUCUUUCCCCUUCUUGGACCCCUCUCGCGGCUGGUCUCUAGUGCGGCAGAGAAAGUGGCUGAAACAUCGCGGGCAGAGGAAGUGACUCGUCUGCUGUAUACGGGCUCUUCGGGAGAGGGUGCUGGAGGCGGAGGCGUGGUCUCUAAGUUCGUCAAUACAGCAUCGCAAUUGCACGAUCGCUUCGUCGCUGCGAAGAUCGGAGAUGCAGUUAUGAGGGACCUCGACGAGGCUUCCAGGACCGCCCUCACUGACACAUGGUCGGCCCUCAAGUCGUUCCUCUUCGUCACCAUCCAGCUCUUCGACGGAGUCCUCGACGGUCUUGUCGAGGUGCUGCCUUCGCCAGUAUUCGCAGUCAGUCAAUACGAAACGCAAGCGGAUCUUGCAGUGAGCCUGCAUCCUACGAGUAACAUACCCUUGCAUAUACUGCAGAUACUCACUCUCCAGCUGCAAGGCCUGAUGAACCUUUCAUUCAUUACAUUCUCCCUGACGAAUCCGGCUGGGGCUACUGGACAAUCCGGUGAAGCGGACCCAUCGCAAAUCACGUCCAAUGAGAUCUACGAGAGAUUCACCACGUAUCGCCAUGCCUUCUACGGGGCCCUAGAGGUCCUCAAAACGGACAAGGGAGCCUCGACGUAUCUUGUCUCCUCCCUCGAAAAGGAGCUCCCGCCCCUAGACGCUAGCAUCGAGCACGCCUGGCACCCGCGCUCCAAGCUGACUCUCUUCCUCGACGUGUGCGAGCAGCUCGUCGGAUCUCUCCCGGAUGAGGUGAUCGAGGAAAUGGUACUGCAGAGGUGUAGACCUUAUCUGCGCGACGCUACCUACCCUGGGCCUUUCGAGAGUGCCCACUCCUGCGUCUUGGCCAUCUUUGAAGGAAAGAAGAGGGUGUGCAAGGCUCUUGCGCCCUUUUACAUUGAGUGUGUAAUCGAGUCCUUUCCACAGCACCUCUCUCCCUCGCAGCUCUCCCAUGCCCUGUGCACCGUCAUCGCCUGUCUCUCAGACCUAGAUGACGCCAGAGCCUACUACGUCGUCGAGCGUCUCGAGCGCGAGAUUGGCGAUACCUCACCCGAGAGCGGGAGCGGGAGUGGGGGCGGGAGCACUGUAGCAGGUUCGACCAGACGUCGCAAGGGCGAAUUGCGCUUCGAGCCACCUGCUGCUUCUACUUCCCCUCCAUCCCCCAGUCCAGCGCAGCUAGCGGGGGAGAAGAUGCUCACCACUACUGAUGGACAAGGAGGCAACUCAGACGACGAGGCUUCCUCAGCGCAACGUACCCUACAGCUUCAGUUGGCGUACAUCGAUGCGCUCCCCUAUGUGAACCUGGUACUGCUACGCUCGGUCCUCUCCAAGGUGAGGGGGUACAUCCUUGAUGCCCGUGCGGCGGAGGGGGGAUUAGGGGGGUCAGAGAAGCUGGAGACAAACAGUGGCGAUAAAAGGGAGGAGAAGGAGGGGGAGGAGGAUGCAGGGCAGACGAAUUCGAAGACGGAGGCAGAUAUGGAAGGAGGAGAAGGAGAGGCAUCACCACAUCUCCAGCUAUGCAGGAGGACUUUCAAGGCGCUCAAUGGCAUGGACGACACGGCCCGGCAGGAGGGGGUUCGCUGGUGGCUGGAGUGUCGUGAGGAGUUUGGAGUGUAG